AUGCCAUUGCAAAUACCUGGAGAGGAUAUAGCGGCUGGAUUAGAAGAAAGCUUUGACAAGGAAGCACAGAAAAAGUCGCAGAAAGAAUGGAGCGACAUGCUGUACUUUUUCAUACCUAUGGGAGUGGUCCUGCUCACUUCGCUGCUUUUGGAAGCGGUAGCAAUCUACUGGUCAAGGGCAUUAGCCAGAAACGAAAGAGAAGCAGAGGAAGCUGCAAAUAGAAGGAAGGCGGCAGCUGCAGCCAAGAAAGAGGGCAGUCUGUCAGACCUAUCAGAGAAAAGCGCAAGAGAUGUGAAUCCAUCUGAUGCAUUUUUCAAUUAA